CUAAAUUGGGCCUCCAAAGUGAUAUCCGAGUCCCAAUUCUGUUGGAGCCCAUUUUGAAUUAAAACCCCAUGCCAUGAGAUCAUAAACCCUGAAAGAGCUAGUGCAAUUGCUUUCUCCAGUAAGAAUAAUCAGAUGUCCGAGUGAAGAUGGCAUCACUAGCUUCCACUUUCAAAGCCCUAAGAACGGUCAGUACUGGUGUUAGUGUUGGUGGUACAGGUGGAAUUGGGACCAUUUAUUCCCUUCCAAAGCAUUGGGCUCCUUUAUCUUCGUUGUUUUGCAGCUCAGCCGCUGCCGUCUCCUCUUCUGUCUCCGAAACACCUUCCACUUCCUCUCCUCAACCUCAAGGAAGUGAUUUGCAAGAAAAAGCGAGAGGCUUGAGAUGGUCCAAAUGGUUGCUAUUUCUACCUGGCGCUAUCACUUUUGGCCUUGGAACUUGGCAGAUUUUCAGAAGGCAAGACAAGAUCAAAAUGCUGGAUUAUAGACAGAAGAGAUUGGAAAUGGAACCUAUGAAGUUUAAUGACAUAUCCACAUCAAGUGAACAAUUGGAUACUUUGGAGUUCAGGAGAGUGGCAUGCAAAGGUGUUUUUGAUGAGAAAAGGUCAAUCUUUGUGGGUCCACGUUCUAGAAGCAUAUCUGGAGUGACUGAAAGUGGCUACUAUGUCAUUACACCACUAAUGGCAAUCCCCAACAACCGUGAGAGUGUGCGAUCACCAAUUCUGGUGAAUAGAGGAUGGGUCCCUCGCAUUUGGAAGGAAAGAUCCUUAGAAAUUGCACAAGAUAUUGGACCACCCUCAUCUACCCAAGAGAGUGAACAAAGCUCAUGGUGGAAGUUUUGGUCCAAGAAGCGAAAAGUUAUUGAGGAUCAAAUCCCAGCUAUCACUCCUGUAGAAGUUAUUGGAGUGGUUCGAGGGAGUGAAAAGCCUAGCGUUUUUGUUCCAGAAAAUGAUCCAAGCUCUUGCCAGUGGUUCUAUGUUGAUGUUCAUGCAAUCGCCCAUGCUUGUGAGCUUCCUAAGAAUACUAUCUAUGUUGAAGACAUCAAUGAAAAUGUUAGCCCAGCAUGCCCAUAUCCUGUUCCAAAGGAUGUCAGUUCCUUGAUACGCAGUUCGGUCAUGCCACAAGACCAUCUAAAUUAUACAUUGACAUGGUAUUCUCUGUCUGCUGCUGUUACAUUUAUGGCUUUCAAGAGACUAAGGCCAAAAACAAGCUGGAGAUAGCAAGUCUGUUGUGUAAGAAAUGUACAUUUUUCGAUCAAUAUCCUAUCCUAAAUUUCGUGCUAGAAUUUGAUUGAAGAGCAUGGAGCUGCUUAAUACAUUGAUCUUCAUUUAUACAUCCUUACCAACUGAAAGAAAUUUCUUCCGUCGGGUCUUGGAAAUAUUUCCUGGCAUUUUGCCUUUUUUUUUUUUUUUUUUUUUUUUGGUGAAAGCUGCUAUCAGCUUCAGCUUCAGCUUCUUCUUCUUCAUAUGGGCAUGAAUAAGAGGAUGGUAAAAAAAUGUGACGAACUAUCCUAUAUAGUUGUUGUUUGAGAUCACAUUAAGCAUGUAUUAUUGUUCAAUAAGUUUCAUCUUCCCAAGUUUUUUCUUCA